AUGCGAGACCCUGUCGGGAGACAGGAUCUCGCCGCCGGACAAUUCCGUAGUUCCUAUCUUUUCGAGAGCCAAGCUCUCCAGCAGUCCGGGGCUAGCCGCUCCGACUUUUCCCACCUCUUCCAAGAAGAGCAGAAUGUGAGCCCCGCGCCGAUGCAAGCCCCCCGGGCGGCCGCUGCCGCACCGCCGAUGGCGCCGGCGGGAAUGGCGCCCAUGGGCGCUCCAGGCGGCGUUCCCUACUUCCCCCGCUCCGUGCAGGCAGCAUGGGACAACCACUUUGACGCCUUCGGAAAGCAAGAUCUGGACAAGAUCAUGCUGGACUACGACGACACCUCUGUCGCCAAGGUCUACAACAACAAGGAUGGAUCGAAGUCCGAGUUCGUGGGCAGGGUCCAGAUCCGCAACAUGUUCACGAACCUCUUCUCGGACCUCUCAAAUCUGGACACGCUGAAAGCGCCCGUCGUGGAUGUGGAUGAGGCCGGCAAGACGGUUUUCUUGGUUUGGGAAUGUCCCGGAUCUGGCUACCACUUUGGCACGGACACCUUCGUUUUUGGACCGGACAACAAAAUCAAGCGCCAGAACAUUGUAGUGACGAAAGGAUCACCGGAGAAGGACAAGAAGUCGAAGAAGAACAAGAAGCAGAGCUAUUCCAUCUGCUAG